UCAAUUAAACCCUUUGAGACAUUUGUUGUGAUUAAUUGCUAUAUAGAGUCAAUAUAUCCGACUUGUGACCUGAAUGUACGUAAGUAACACGAACAAUAAUACUACCGUAAAUUUUGUCCUGUAUACUGCACCUGACUGUAAGUUCCACCACCCAAAUUUAAUCAAAUUCAAGAAAAAAUACAAAUAUAACCCGCACCAAACUAUAAGAGCUAGGUGUCCAUGUGUUAGUAUUUUACAACCCCUAGCAAAAAGUAUGGAAUCACCAGUCUCGGACGAGCACUCACUCAGACAUUUUAUUAUGAGAUUCUCAGAUUAAAAGCUUGAAAAAAUAAUGAAUUAGUUCAAAAGCGCAACUCCCUGGCAUUCCGAAACACUAAGAGAAAAGAAUAAAAAACAUUGUGGUGGUCAGUAAAUGUUACUUUUAUAGAGCAAGUGCAGGGAAAAAAUAUGGAAUCACUCCAUUCUGAGGAAAAUAUGGAAUCACUCCAUUCUGAGUAGAAAAUACAGACACAGCCAGUCAAUUUCCUUUCCUUAAUUGGGCUCCUGCCUCAGAUUAGGUCUGCUCGUUAGUCAGCAGUUAAAAAAAGUGCAGUUAGCACACUUUGGAGGGCUGCUGGACCAAGUGGAUUCACAAGAAUCAUGGCUCCAACAAGAGAGAUGUCUCUCGAGACCAAGGAGAGGAUUAUCAAACUUCUUGAAGAAGGUAACGCUACACAUAUGGUUGCCAAAUAUGUGGGCUGGUCACAGCCAUUUGUAUCAAAAAUCUGGACCAAGUACAAACAGCAUGGCAAGGUUGUUAAAGUUAAGCGUACUGGUAGACCGAGGAUUACUGGUAGACCGAGGAAGACGUCAUAACAAACAACUAGAGGUCUUGUGUCUUGAAAACAGAAGAUGUACAACAAGACAAAUGAAGAAGAAAUGGGAAGAAGCUGGAGUCAAGGUAUGUGACAGAACUAUACAAAAUCACCUAACGGAAAUGGGAUUUUCAUACAGGAACGCUUAAAGGAACCAUCAUUGACACUUAAACAGAAAAGAACAAAGCUGCAAUGGGCUAAGGAGAGGCAAUCAUGGACUGUGAAAGACUGGAUGAAGGUUAUCUUCAGUGAUGAGUCAAGAAUCUGCAUUGGACAAGACAACCGGAUGCUCCCACUCAUCAACUAUGGAAUUCCUUGCAUGUCAAUGGGCUUUCUAGUGGAGGAAACGGCACCCAUCGUGUGGCGGGGCCUUAUGGUCAUGUCAGCCAUCGACAAAUUGCUCAGACAGGUCGAUUGGGGUUCUCUGGACUACCUGGUGGUCGACAUGCCUCCCGGAACGGGCGACGUACAGCUAACUAUCACGCAAAGCAUCCCGAUAGCAGGUGCUGUAAUCGUGUCCACACCUCAAGACGUUGCCCUGCUGGAUGCGCGCAGGGGAGCCGAAAUGUUCAGAAAAGUCAACGUGCCCGUUCUAGGCCUGGUGCAAAACAUGAGUGUGUUCCAAUGUCCCAAGUGUAACCACCAGACCGCCAUCUUCGGGUCGGACGGCGCACGACGGCUGGCAGAUGCGCUGGGCGUCACUUUAUUAGGUGACGUCCCGCUUACCGUCAACAUCAGAGAAAUGUCUGACGUCGGGAAACCAGUGGUCGUGUCAUCACCAGACAGCCCGGAGGCUUUAACCUACAUGACGUUGGCGAGUGCGGUCGUGCGGAGGCUUCAAGAGAUCAACACUUGAUGACUUCAGAAUGUAAUGAACUCUGUGUGUGUACAUGACAAAACGUGAUGCAAUGGCAAAAACAUUCUUCUACAGUUGUCUUAUUAAACAAAUGGCCAACCUUU